AUGCCCAACCCACGUAAUUCAUUCCAAUAUUCAAUCAUUGUUGAUCUACCAUCUGACUAUUCAAUUUUGAUAGUAGAUGUAACUUGGCUACUACUCCAACUUACAAAUUUAAGCCUUUCAUUUUAUGGAGGCAUAAUAAUUGAUGACGGAUUUGGAGAAGAUGGUCUGGAGAAUAACAUCCAGACAAGCCAAGCAUUAUCAGGGUUAAAAGUGACCAUUGACUACAAGCUUGAAGAUGGUAACUUCCAAACAAGAGGUGUUGGAAAGCUUGAUGAGAAAGGACAAUUCAAGUUAAAUCUUCCUCAAGAAAUCUUGGAAGAUGGAAUGUUGAGCGGGGAAUGUUAUGUGCAACUCCACAAUGCAGCAAAUGCACCUUGUGCAUUUUACAAUGGGUUAGAAGCUUCUAAGAUCACUUUCGUGUCAAAGUCUAACAAAUACACACCGUUGGACCGACUAGAGAACUCAAAUUCUCUUCCAGCAAUUUGCAGUUCUGCCACCCUUUGGGGGUCGUAG